AAUUUUGACGUAAUCUGACAUGUCUAAAAAAAUAUUAAAAUUACAAAGGUUAUCUUUGUUUACUAAAAUGUGGCAGAUGCUGUUUUUUUAUUAUUUUUAAUUCCAUCUAGAUAUUUAACGAUACGAUCGAAAAAUCAGGUGGUAAUUAGAUGUUUGCAAUGAAAUUCCUGUCUUAAUUAUAGUUCGUACAAAUUCGCUUGACAUUCUCUUAAUAAUGGAACAUCUUGCCCAAGAUCUGACUGUUGCUUUACAAGAAUCGGAAUCUUGCGGUCCCAUUGUAACUCAGCCCUCGGGAAAAUGGGGAAUGAGAAGGAGAACCAGAUCAGCAGGGAAUCUACAUCAUUUGUUUGUUAAUAAAUCAGCUGACAACAAUUCAGAGGAGAGUUCAAGCAGCCCUUCCGAACUCAAGUUCGACAAACAUCGAACAAAGCUUGCAAGUUUUCACCAAUCUGAUUCGGACGAUCUUAGUCUUAGUGUGGCUGUUGCUAAAAUAUUGAGUCAGAAGAAUUCACUAAGAAUGAAGCAUUCCAUCCAUGGACUUUUUAGAGGGGUCAGUCAUAGUUUGGAAUCAGAUUCAGUGAAUGAGUACUCGCCAGCAAGCAGACCAAGCUUGAGAAGAAAAAGGAAACUAAAACGAAUGAGCAUUGAUGAAACUCCAAUUCCACCAACCGGCAAAAGAAAGAGAUCCCAAAGGAUGGAAAUGAUGGAUAAUGCCAGAUCGUUGAAACACACAAUUAAGAUUAAGCCACUACAUCAAAAUGUAGUUGACAAAAUUGAAAAGUUCUGUCAAUCUCCGCCAAUUUUAGAUGAAGAAACAAGGAUGGAAACUCAAGACGAAAACUGGGAAGUUGCUAGUGAAAGCAGUAUCAGUUGGAGCGGAGGUGAAGGACACGAAGGUGAUGAUGAAUUAACAGACUGGGCCCCUUCAAUAGAUAAUUCCUCCACAAUGGAUCAGACCUCUUGGAGUGAAGAUCCUCGAGAAAUUAGAGCAGGUUGUCGAAGAUUAAGAGAUGAACGACCAGGUUUUAGUAUCUCAACCGGGGCUAAUGAACGUGUUGCCAAAUUCCUUCAGGAUUCUACUAAAUUUGAACUUAAAAUCUUUGGGGCGGAGCACGAGAAACUCGGACAAUUGGCAGCAUUGUAUUCGUUAGAUUUAUGGUAUGAAUCACCCACAACUACGCUGUUGCGUAAAACGACAAAAACUCCGUAUAUGCAACCGCCACAACGGCAUCAUUCAGGUCAUAGCGCCAUUCACAAAAAAAUUCGAACGCAUAAAAAUUCAAUUUCUUAAUGAUAUUAUUUUUAUUUGUAUACAUAUGUUAUACCGUAUUUUGAAAGAGAUUCUGGUAAUACAGCAAUAUCAAUGUUAUAAUAAUAAUUGUAAGAUACAGAAUUUGUCUUAAUAAAAAAAUAUUAUUCUAAAGCCCCGACUACAUACAACGUUUUAUCUGUCAGGUAAGACAGAGUGAAAACUAGCGUAUAGGUACAAUGGAAGUUUUAUUUGCGGUUUAAGGCUGGCCGCACAGUGAAAGCGUCAAAUCAGUUAGAGGUGGGCUAGUCCAAGGAUACUAUAGAGAUAAGGAUAGUUCGAUUGCUAUCUUCCUGCACUGUCAGUUUUUUUACGUCAUCUACUGACCGAGUUGAAGUUGGCGCUAAAGAUUUUA